AUGGUCUCUUUCUGCCUUUUUGCUUUAAUGAUUUACAACACAUCAGAGAAGAAAAAUCAGAAACAACACCCACGAAUGGCAGUAGCUUGGACAAUGGAUGGUGGUGGCUUGGAAAUCAAACGACGGUAUUCAGGAAAAAAUGCCAACAAUAUGUACAUCGAUCAACGAGAUCCGCCAAAUACAAAACCUUGGAAAAUCAAGAUGAUUGUGGCAGACAAAUCAUAUGAAUAUGAUUGGACCCUCAACUCAAGAACACUAAUAGAAGAUGUAGAAGAACAAGACAAUCAAAUAGAGGCGCCAAAAUAUAACAUCGUUCCAUUUACAGACUUGCACUCUUACAAAGACUCAGCUGAACGAGUAGAUUUCUUAGCUGUUGCAAUCCAUAUUGAAUCAACAAAAGAGAUAACCACAAAAUUUCAACAACAAACAAUCCAAGAGAUAUAUCUUAUCGAUGAAAGCUUCAACCCAAUAAAAUUGACUAUGUGGGGUCGGUUUGUCCAAGACGAAUGCAAAACAAUAACAAAUAUGAUUGAAGAAUACCCAAUAAUAUUGGGAACACAAAUAGUUUUUCGAACAUAUAGAGGAUUGUCCUUAUCAUCACGUUUAUCAAGUACAUUCACAAUCAAUUCUCAAAUUCCAGAGGCAACUGCAUUGAAGCAAUGGGCGAAUAAUAAUACACUGAAAAUCAAAAGUAUCAUUGAAACAUCAUUGACACAUCCAUCUACUACUAUAUUAUCUAUUGGACUUCAAAAAACCGUCAAGAUUUGUGAUAUUCCCUGUGCGAUGAAAGCUUUGCAAUCUAUGGAGAAAAAAUACUUUUGGAUAGAAGCAAAGAUAAAUAUAAUUGAUUCUGUCCAAAUGUACUAUUACAUGUCGUGUGCGACAUACCAUAGAAAAAUACGACAUAAGUAUAACGAAAUAAUUGUUUGCGAAAAUCCAAAUUGCAAACAGCGAGGCACUUCUACACCACAUGCUAGGGCAUAUGUGCAACUAGAAGAUGAUACUGGAAAGCUCGAUGCUGUUAUGUUCGGAGAAGUAGUAGAAAGGACAUUUGGUAGUUCUGCAGUCCAGUUGAUGGAAAAUUCUACACAGGAAAUUCCUCAACACAUUGAAAUUGUUGCAAAUAAAUUAGCAACAAAAAAAUGGACAAUCAAAUUGUCCGGAGAUGAAGAAAAAAUGAAUAAUGUGAAAUACAAACAUUUCAUUAUUCUCUCCAUUGAAGCCAAACAAGAUUAA